CAAUAAUAAUAAUAAAUAAUAAUAUUCAAUACUAUCAUCAAAGUAUAGUAAGUCGGUAUACUUGAAACCACAGAUUUAGGUAUAAUAUUAUGCUAGUCCGUACUUGAAACAGAUGAAACAGACUAAAUAGUAAACGGAAUUCCAAAAUAUAAUCCUCGUGCAGAAUACUGAUUGUAGCCUGCAAUUCUACACUCAACAGCAAAACUGACUUAAAAUUUUAUCGUUAUAUGAUUUGUGGACUUCGUGUUUUGUUUAAUAUAUCCUGUAUUUUAUAUUUCUAUGAUAAUAUCACAUUAACUACAUAAGUACAGAUUACUGAAUACCGGUACUACGGAAAUUCCUGUUAAAUCACUACUCAGUACGACAGAUUCAACAGAAUAAUACUUUAAAUUCAAAAUGUUUGUCAAACAAGAACAUCCUUUAAAUGUAAACCCAGAAGCAAAACUAAACAAUGAGAAUAGUAAAAAUGAAGAUUCUGAUGAAACUGAAACUCCAGAUAAUAAACCAGAAGAAAUUAAAACAGUUAAUACUGAAACAGAACCAGUAGUUGAAGAGCGGCCGAUUUUUGUGUGCAAAAACUGCAAUCUAACAGAACGAUAUGAUUGUUUUAAUGAUCACGUAUCAUUUAAUCGCAAGGUGGGAACAAAAGUGGACUAUUAUUUAGCAAGAGAUCCAUUUUCUCCACGCAACAAAAGGCAAUUCUUAAUUUUAGGAUCUGUAUGUUCUAUGUGUGACAAAGACGUUUGUAUAAAGCCUGAAUGCAGUAUAUUUUAUUCAAAGUUUUUCUGUUCUUCUUGUGCAAGAAAAUAUAUUUCAAAUUUCCCUUCUAGUAUUCAAGAAAAAAUUAAAACAACAAAAAUAAUUUAGAAAAUUAAACAAUUAUGAAUCAAUUAAUGUAAUACAUUUAAUUUAAAUAUUAUUGAAAAUUAUUUGUUUUGUAUUGUAUUUUAUAAUUAUAAAAUUGAACAUGUGUAAAUAGGAUAUGUAUCAACUGUUAAACUGAAAUUGUUCAUACAACAUUAUUGUGAAUAUACUUAUUAUUUUGAUUGAAACUAUAUAGGUUUUUGUAGAAAUUAUUUUGUAAAAUACCUAAAAAGAUCUCAUAAACUAAAUAAAAUAUUUCAAUGUUUGUUCAUUUUUAUAAUUAAUUUUUAGUAUUUAUAAGAAGGAAGAAACUACAAAUAUAAACAAUAAAUAACAAUAAACAAUA